ACGCACCAAAAGUAAAUCGUUCAUCAGUCAUAUGCAGAUGCAGUCAUAUGUUCAUGUGUGAGAAUGCAAUAUAUUCUUACGUAUUCUCCAUUCAUAACAAUACGUCAAAUACGUAAUUUUUACGCAUUUUUACGCACGCUUAUCGUCUUUGACAGUUUGGGAAUGAUUUUAUGCCACGAGAAAAUUCAUAUAACUUUAACAAAUUAUGAAUAGAGCUUUCCGCUAUCUGAAAGACAUGUGACGCAUAAAAGAAUAAUGUUUAUUUACUGCACAUCACAUAGUAUAACUUGAGAAAAAUGUCUGCAAUUAUAGAUGACAAAGUUGUUGCAGGUGCGAAGAAUUCAAAUACCAUCAAGGAAGACCCGAUUGUAGCGUUAACAGAAAAAGUGAAAGCCUUGUAUCUCUUUCGAGAUCGCUACUUUGAAACACAUUCUAUUGAUGAAGCAAUAAAAAAAAAUACUGAUGUCGAAAAAGAAAUGAAAGACACGCUGAGCAAGUUUGAUGAAUGUAAAGGAUAUGAGAUUGAUGGUUCACGUGCAAAAUAUUAUUAUUUAAAAGGAAGAGCUUUGAAUGUAGUGGAUCGUUUUAUUCCACAAGCAGAGGAGCUUUUAAGUAAAGCUGUGAAAUUAGAGCCUAAAUUAAUAGAAGCGUGGAAUGAAUUAGGGGAAUGUUAUUGGAAGAAUGAUGAUAUAAAACAAGCAAAAAAUUGUUUUGCUGGUGCUUUGCAACAUGAUAGGAACAAAGUAUCUUUGCGAAAUUUGUCAAUGGUGCUUAGACAAGAACAAACUUCAUCUAUUGAACAACGGACAAAAAAUAUUCAACAAGGAGUUGAGUAUGCUAAAGAAGCUGUAAGCCUCGAUACAACUGAUGGAAUCUCUUGGGCCAUAUUAGGAAAUUCUUACUUGUCUUCUUUCUUUACAGUUGCACAAAGUCCAACUACUUUACGUCUAUGCAUGUCAGCAUACAUACAAGCGGAGAAAGAUAUCAUUGCAAGAAGUAAUCCGGAUUUGUUUUAUAAUAAGGCAAUAGCUCUAAAAUAUCAAGAAGAAUAUAAAUUAGCAUUACAAUCAUUUGAAAAUGCAAUAGCACUCGAUCCCCUUUGGGAAACACCAUGCAAUAAACGAGAUGAAUUAUUAAAAUAUCUUAAAGAUAUUCAAAAUUUAAUUAAUCACAAUGGACAUGUAAAACCAAAAAGAUUAUGCCAAUUGAUACGGGCAUUGGAUAUUAAGCAUUUAGGACCAUACAAAGGUGGCUCAUACACAUCUGGAGAAAAAUCUUUAAAAUUAGAUUUAAUUCCAUUGAAAGAAUUAGCUCUUGGACUGAAUACUGAGAAAGUUGUAUUUGGAAAAGUGAUUUGUUGGAUACAAGACUCGGAUUGUGUUCCAUUUGCUUUUUGUCUUGUGGAUGAACAAAAGACAUGUAUUGUUGUUACUGUAUACAAUCUAGCUAAAGGUCGAGGAGUUACGAUCGGAGAUUCUGUUGGUAUACCAGAGCCUUUUGUCAUACAUCAAAAAUUCUCCUAUAUGAAUAAUGAAUUUGACUACAAAUCUAUUCGCGUUGAAACUCCGAUUGUACUUGUAGUUAAUGGAAGAAAGUUAGGUCGCGAACAACAAGCCAGCGCAAAUUUGCACAGUUAUAAAAAAACAGAUUAAAAAUUUAAUGAAUUAUUCAGAUAAUAAGUUGAUUCGACAUGGAUCACCUAAUUGUUCUCAGUAAAUAGGUGAUUUUUUGACUUAUCUUUGUUUUUGAAUAACAGCGCGCGAAUAGCUAACAAUGAACAAUCAAUAUAUUGUGAUAUAUAUGAAUUUUAAACAAACACAUUUCGAAAUAUUGGCAAUAAUCAAAACUAAUAAUUAGAAUAUAUGUUACAUGAAUUUCAUAUUUUAUAAGUUACUGAUGGCAUAAGAACUGUAAGAAAAAAAAGAUAUAGACAUUUAUUUUUCUUUUAUAUUGCUAUAAUAAUUAUGCAUAAAUAUAUGGUUUGCACAAAUAACAAACAAUAUAUCUACCAAUUUAUAGAGCAAUAAGACUCAUAUGUAUACAUAUAUUUUGUAUUUAAUUCAUGACUAAAGAGAAAGAGCAAAAACAUUAUAAUAUUUUAUUUAUAUAUUUUAAGUUGUAUUAUUGUGUUGUUUGGUGUUUAAUAAUUUGUCAUACAUAACGUAAUUAAAUUGUAUAAAAAUACUAAAAUAUAGAGAGAUAAAAGAUAAAAAAAGGAGAAGUAAAAGAUGAAAAAUAUUUUUGUUAUAAAUUUCAUAAUUUUUCAAUUCAAUUUUUGUUGACAUUCAUUAAAUGGCAUAUUAAAAAAUUUAUUUUGCAUAGCAUCAUAUAAGCUU